AUGCCUUUUUACGGCCGUCCCAGCAAAAAUUGCGAGAGUUGUCGGGAGCGGCGAAUCAAGUGUGACCGUAUUCAACCGGUCUGUUCGCAGUGCAUCAGGGCGGGGAAACCAUGUGGCGGCUACCGUGACAUCCCGGCCUUGUUGUUUCGUGACGAAACAGACAAGGCGGCCCGCAGGUCCGCAACGGCCAAAUCUAGAGCUGGAGAGCGUCGAAAGACCCCUGUCACCCCUCAGGUGAAUUCAGAAUCAUCUUCAAGCUCUGAAGAAGAUUUGAAGGCUGUAGUGCAACAACGGAAGUUCAAUUUGGCACUAAACCCCUCCAUUCCCUUAGAAGUUCCCACUACUGUGGAAGAUCGGGGCCUGGACUUUUUUUGCUCGCAAUUUGUAACGGCCAGUGCGGCGGCAAUGGAGGGACCUUUUGUUUUGUCGAAGACAUCAUUCAUAAGCACGAUAUCUGUCGAGUCACAGUUUCGAGAUGCAGUCGUGUCGGUUGGGCUGGCUGCGCUAUCCAAUGUGACUCGGGAUCGAUCUCUUCGGCUAGUGGCCAGGGAAAAGUAUGCGGCAUCCCUUAACGCCAUGGUUUGCUGCACAUCGACUCAGCUUGACUCGUGGACGGUUCACUUGGAUGGGGCUGCGGCCCUACUCAGGCAAGCGACCUUUGGCAAAGCGAUUAAAGCUCGUGAUCCGCGCGCCCAGUUGCAGUUCUUCUAUUUUUCCAUGGUCAAAUACAUUCACGCCCAAAAACCCCUACCUAUAGAAUUUUCCCUCUUCAACAUCAAGAUGAUUCAAUCUUCAAAUCCCGAUGACUUCCCUUCCAUUGGUCUUGUUGACACCCUGAUGCGGUUCAUGAGGUUCCACAACACCCGCAGUGAUCCAAGCUUCGAUCCCGAAAUUGGAGUGCGAACAGCAAUAGCCUUCGAUGAGGAGCUAGAAGAAUGGGAGAGGAGCCUCCCACAUACAUGGGAGUUCUUUAUCAAAACUUCCACGAAGGCGCAACACACAUUUAACGGGAAGUAUAUGACUUAUAACGACCUUUGGGCAUCAAGAGACCUCAAUUACUACUUCUGGGGCCGGUUGAUCGUCAAUGAGAUGAUCUUGAACAACAUCGCCAAGCUGGCAAGGAUGGGGCUCUUGAAAGUCUAUCAUCUCCAACAGCGACAGCGAGCACUUGACAUGGCUUCGCACAUGGCGGCGUGUAUCUGUGCUGGCGCUGCGACCCUAGUGGGCGGUCUGGGAAAUGGAAUGCCUCUCGAAGGAAAGACUCACGUUCCUCCCUUGAACGGUGUCUUUAUGUUGCUGUUUCCGUUGACGAUCGCUGGUGGCUCGGCUGCUGCUCCAGAUGAAGUGCACGAGUGGGUGAAGCGGAAGCUUCAGACCAUUGGGUCAAAGAUGGGAAUACAGAGAGCCAUAGAGCUGAUACCAAGGAUUCAGACAAUGCGAGCUUGGAAGUCGCAGUUGAUGAGUAUGGAGCUUCAUUAA